AUGUCUGAGAACUGGUUUGUUUACUCCUUCUUCGGCGAUGGUGACCAACCUGUGAUCUCGGAGCUUUACGAGUCAUCUAUCCCCAACGACCGCGGUCCUUUGGAUUACGCUGCAGACUUCUCCAGUCUCAAUGGUGCUAGUGAUGCCAGCCCCCCGCUUCCUCACGUUAUCUCCCAAGCCAUCAUCAUCCCUGAGCCUAUCUCCCACAUGGCUGUCACCCAGACUCGCCAGGGAAUUACUACCCGCCAGCUCCUUUGCACUCUGCCAGAGUCGAGCUCCAUCGUUGGCAUUCCUCGGCCUGUUCUAGACCCCCGCCGCCUCGUCGACCGAGUCGACCCAACCGCUUCCGAGGCAGAGGAAGGUCUUUUCCGUUAUGCCCCACUGCUCGAGUUUGAUGGCAAGUGGUUCAUCACUCAUGCUCGUGAUGUUUCAGAUAUCAAGACAGUACUCUCCGAGCCCACUCUUCUUGAGAGUACCAACCUCAUCUUUGCAUUCGGUGGCGAUAUUUUCGGUACAAGAGCCACCCCUAGCCAAGCCUGUGAUGCUCUUGGCAAGAGCUUUUCCAGAUUGCAGCUCGUUCUUACAGUGGUAGCGUUGGCAAUCGGUGUGGCCUUCCUAGCCCCCAUGAGCAUUCAAUUUAAGAUCAAGACCCUGCUGGUUGCAGCAUAUCGCUCAAAUGAUGCCCCCUAA